AUGGAUACUCUAUUUCUCUUAAAUAUGGACAGCAAUCACACCUUUGUGGAAGAGCAUUUCUACCUGGAGGACAGCAUUGACGGCUUUAGCAUCACGGUGGCCGUCCUCUAUCUGGUGGUCUGCAUCGUGGGGCUGGCCGGGAACUCCCUCGUGAUCGUCGCCAUCUUGAAACUGGACAAGAUGUCCUCCUCCACCACGGUUUACAUCUUCAACCUGGCUCUGGCCGACGGGCUCUUCAUGGUGGGCCUCCCGUUCAUAGCCAGCCAGAACUUCCAGAACCGCUGGGUGUUCGGAGACGCCGCCUGCAAGGCGGUCAUGGUCCUCGACGGCAUCAACCAGUUCACCAGCGUCUUCUGCCUGACCGCCAUGAGCGUCGACCGCUACGCGGCGCUGGCCCACCCGCUCCGGCACGCCGGCUGGCGGACGCCGCGCCGCGCCAAGGCCGUCUCGGCCGCCCUGUGGCUCUUCUCGCUGGUCACCAUCCUGCCCAUGGCGCUCCACUUCUCGGCCGAGCGGGGCCUGUGCAUACCGGACUUCGUGUCGGACGCCUGGUGGCUGGGGGUCCUCUCCUACACCUUCGCGGUGGGCUUCGCCCUGCCUUUCACCGUCAUCAUGGCUUCCUACACCGCCAUGCUGCGCGCCCUGAGGUCCCGGCCGGCCCCGGCGCCUCCGCCGGCCAACGGCGACGGCCAGCGGCUGGAGCGGCAGGUGACCAGGAUGGUGGUGGCGGUGGUGGCGGUGUUCGGCGUGUGCUGGCUGCCCUUCUACGCCUUCAACUUCUGCUCCCUGUACCAGAGCGGCCUGGAGCUGCCCUUCGCCCGCGCCUUCGAGGUGGCGGUCCUGCUCUCGUACUCGUGGAGCUGCGCCAACCCCAUCCUGUACGCCUGCCUCUCCGACACCUUCCGGAGGCACUUCCGCACCCUGCUCUGCCCCGUGGCCAAGCCCAGCUCGCAGUGCAACACCGAACGGUACGACCUAAACGAUACCAGUGUGGGAGACGUCACCAUCCUAGCGUGA